GUCGCGCGCAGACAACCCUGAGCGCGUCGGAAGGAGCGGCCGCCUCCCGACGACAUGGGGAGGAGGGUGGGACGGUGAGAGAGAGAGAGAAAACUUUGCGAGAGCGGGCACGAUAUUCUGCUAAACAUGGCCGCACGGUCUUAUCCGUUCUGGGGAUGCCAUGCACCGGACUGUACCGGGCCAAAGUGUCGCGCCUAAGCGGAGUCAGGGGAGGGCAACCCCCCGCCAAUUUCUUGCAAAACAUCAGCUCGUUUGGAGAAACAGCAAUUUAUUUUUUACAAAGUGCAGACCAAACUCUGCUCUCCUGUCAGGGAGCGAUUAUUUUUUUCGCUGCGCUGCAGGAGGGGGCGAAAGAUUUAAGUGCAAAAAGACUUGGUGCCUAGCAUUUGCAGUCAAACCUACCGGACUCUGAGAUUCCCAUAGUGCAAUGAUAGCUCUUAAAUGUGAGGUAAAUGCCAAGCAGCAUCCCCGCGGUACUGAAGAACAUCCAUCUGCUUUUCAUCAUCUUUGCCAGCCGAGUGGGGCAUGAAAGUCACUCCAGUUAGUAUAUUGAUGGUUUACUUAAUUGGGCAACUUUGAGAUGUGUCGUGGAAAUUUUUACCAAGAUAUGAUGCUUCAAUCAAGAUUCAUUUUGACUCGAGGACAAGAUCCUGCAUUGACCACUUGAAAUAGAAGGAAAAUUGUACUAAAAAUUUGAAAUCCACUGUGGCUUAAAGAAAAACUUGCUCAGGGACUUGUGGAUUCAAAACUUCUUUUUGCUAUUUCUAAGUUUUGUUACGGGCCUGGAAGUUAUAUUGUGGUUUAAAGAUUGAAUUGCCUUAAGAACAAAUGAUGGGAGACCAACCCUUGUACAAGACAAAUCAUGCUGUGAACAACACAGAAAAUUUGUAUUAUCCACAACAGCCACAGUCCAGCCCUCUGACCAACAUGAGUGGUAAUAUGAAUCAUAGCUAUGGAUCUACAGGCAUGGAUACAUCUCAGACUUCUCCACCUUCUCCACAUUUUCCCCCACGUUCAAGGGAAGCUGCAGUAGCAGGAACGAUGCCAGUUGUUACGAAAAGCCUUAGGAUAGAGCCAUCUCAUCCAAACAAUUGGCCUCAUUCUAAUGCUGGCAAUCAUGUGCAAAUGCAGAAUGACAUUAAUAAUUCCUCUAUGAUAUGGACGUCCAAUGCUCAGACUGAUGUUCCAGAUGGAUAUUCUUAUGUGUAUUCAUCUUCAGCCAAUGACACCACCUCUCAGAAGUUGACGAGUGAUGUCUUGCACAAGUUGGACUCCUUCACGCAGGUUUUUUCAAAUCAGAACCUCCGAAUGCAACAGGCUAAUAAUGUAGCAUCGAGCCAACCAAGUCAGACUGCCAUGGUUGAGAAUGCGCGUGACAGCACACUUCGGCAACUGCUGUCCCAAAAACCUCCAGCUGAACAACAAGCUGCUGUUCAUCCAAUGCAGAGAUUCCAACAUUCCUUAACACAGCAAAUGCAUUGUGGGUUUCCAGUUGCACAAUCAAAGCAGCAGUUACAAGCUAUCCAGUAUCAGCAGCAGCAGCAACAGCAGAUGUAUUUUGAGUACCAGCAAUUGCCGCAAAUGCCUCAACACCAGCCGUUGUUGCAACACCAGCAAUCGCAUGUUCAACAGCUGCAGGCUCAACAAGUGUUGUCUCAGCAGAUUCAGCAACUCCCACAACAACAAUAUUUUGUACAUCAGCAAUCACAACAACACAGUUCAGUGCAGCAGCAGCAGCAAUGCCACAUGCAUUCAGUUCCAUUCUGUCAAUCGCAGCAGAUUCUGUGUCAGUUGCAGCAACCCAUGCAGCCACAGAUGCAGCCACCGCCACCAUAUCAUGGAGACCAAAAUCACAAGACCAUGCAGCAGCCGCGUCAGUACUCUCAAGAACAAUCCCACCCAUCUCAGCAUAUACAGAUGGCUGCACCCUCUCAGUAUUUCUACCAAGAUCAGCCGCACUAUAGGCAAAUGUACCAGCAAAAUCAAUUGCAUCAGCAACAAGAAGAAGCUAUGCAACAGAAACCAUUUUGUGCAGAAAGUAGAAUUCAGGCUUCUCUUGCCCAUCAUACAAGCAUCCCUGCUUCAGAAGGUGCAGAGGAAGUUACAAGGAAGGAACUAAAUAAAAUGGUUCAUCCUGGGGGUCUUGUGGUACCCCAAAGACCUCUCAUAGCACCAUCUAAUAUUCCUCAUUCAGUCAAGGUAUCUCAGCAGCAAUCUCAUAAUUAUACUUGGUCUCAGAUUUCUCUGACUGACGUCAAGCCAGUGGAGUCGACUGUUGAACUCAGUGGCCAAAAUAGGCUUCCAUUCCAGGAAAGGGCAGACAUCAAGAACAGGUUGACGUGUACAAUGUGCCACAAAGAUUUCAAGAGUUUACCUGCCCUUAAUGGCCACAUGAGGUCUCAUGGUGGCCAGAGGACAUCUCCCAAACAGUCAGAUGAAGGAGAGAAGCAGCCUAAAGAGGUGGAUAACCUCAUGCCCAUCAUCAUGCCUGUCUCUGUGCCUGUAAAGCUUCAGCCUGCUGAGCCCAGCAAGCAGGCCACCACUGCCAAGGACAAGCCUGCCAACUCUGUGUCAGAUGAUGAAAUGCCAGUCCUCAUGAAGAUGACUGAUUCUCCACCACACGCUCCCACAGUGGCCCAACCCUGCUCAUCCUCUGAAUCUAUCCGAAAGUGUCAACCCAGUGGUUCACAGUCAGAAGAUAGCUACAGAACUCAGCGAGACAAAAAGAAGUAUCGGCAUCGACCAGAGCCCCUCUACAUUCCUCCACCUUCUGUCAACCUCUCUGCUUCAUAUCAAGGCGCUACGCUGUACCAAAGUCAGCUCCGUUCACCAAGAAUCAUGGGAGAUCACCUGCUGGACAGGACACACGAGCUCCCACCCUACACACCACCCCCGAUGUUAAGUCCAGUGAGACAAGGCUCUGGCCUUUUCAGCAGUGUCAUUUCAUCUUCGUACAUUGGCACUUACACUGCAUUGCCGCUCACCCCUUCGACACCACGCAUCCUGCUUGGCCGUACCAAUAGCAUUGAUGCAUUGACAAUAACCCCUGGUCCUGGGGAGCAAACUGUUGAUAUUGAACCGCGAAUCAAUAUGGGGUUACGGUUUCAAGCAGCGAUUCCAGUAUUGCGAGAAAGGUCAUUGGUUGAAAAUGAUAUCUCCAAAGCAGACCUGGUGUGGAAGCCUUGGUGUGAACUGGAAGACCCAGAAAUGCAACAAAAAGUGGAAGACCUGCUGAACAUGGCUUGCUCUAGUGUGGUACCAGGUGGUGGGACAAAUCGAGAACUUGCUCUCCAUUGUCUUUCUGAGGCACAUGGUAACAUUUUGGUGGCUGUGGAUAUUUUACUGAUGAAGAUGCCUAUUAAAGCCAAACCUCAUCCACUGGCUGAUUAUCACUAUGCUGGUUCUGACAAAUGGACAACAGCAGAACGGAAACUAUUCAACAAAGCUUUGAGUAUACAUAACAAGGACUUCUUCUUGGUUCAGAAAAUGAUCAAAUCAAAGACUGUGGCACAGUGUGUUGAAUAUUACUAUACUUGGAAAAAGGUCUUGCGAUUAGGUCGAAAACACAGGACCCGUCUUGCAGAAAUGGAGGCAGAGAGAAUGUUUAGUGAUCAAGAUGAAGAAUUAGAGGAUGAAGAGGAAGAAGAUAGGAAAUCAAAUCAUGAUGAUAAUACGGAGGUAGAAAAGUCUCCUUUGCCACUACAGAUGACGACUGUGGAGCAGCCAGGUGUUCAGGGCCCCACAGUUAUGUGUGAAAUGCCAAAUUGUGGUGCAAUAUUCAGCUCCAGGCAGGCUUUAAACGGCCAUGCACGUAUCCAUGGUGGCUCAAGCCAAACUCCAAAACUGACUUCUGCAGCUAAACAUAAAAUGGGAGGACUUCAGUCUGGUUACACCUCUGUGAAGAACUCCCCUGCACACAAUACAACAAGUGGUGAAAUAGAUGCUGCUACAAUUUUCCCUUGCAAGGAAUGUGGAAAGAUGUUCUACAAGAUUAAAAGUAGAAAUGCUCACAUGAAAACGCACAGACAGCAGGAGGAACAGCAACGACAAAAGGCUCAGAAAGCUCUUGAAGUUGGUGAAAUAGCAACUAUAGCCCAACCUGCUACACCAGUAGCACCUGUGUUACUUCAUCCAGAUCACAUGAGUAUGGUUAAGCGACACGUGGAUUUGGAGGAUAAUGACAUUAUUCAGGAUUUGGAAGAUGUGAUGGAGGAAUCAGAUGUCAUGGAUACAGACUUACUUUUAGAUGGAGACGAUGGAGAAUUUCUCCAGGAUGAUGACUUGUAAACUUUUUUUAUUAUUCUACGUAAAAUAUAAAUCUCAAUUAGAAUUAAUUGAACAAACUAGUUACUUUUUCUAAGUCAACAGCUAGUCCUAAGGCUAGUUCAAAUGCAGUAUGCAAAAAAAAUCCAGGUGAGUUGUACAUAAUUAACACUGAUCUUGAAUUGCCUCUGUCAUUCAUACCAUGAAUGGUUUUUCAUACCAUUACAUAGACCUCACAAAGACUUCUGGACUUUUACUUUUCCCUCAGCUGCUUGUUAAAAGUUAUUUCAAAGCAUUGAAACCAAACGGGUUUUUUGCUAAAGAGAAAGAUUUGUCUUCAGUUUAAGUUUCAGAAAUUGAAUUGUCUACUUUGCUAUAGAAUGAAACAAAAAAGCUGUAAAUAAGGUUCAAAAUUAUAUAUAUUUUAAAUGGUAAAAUCUGAUUUGUUUAUGGAUUUAUUUAACUGCUGUUUUUUGUUAUUCAGCAGGUAGGGUGUAAAUACUUUAUAUUCCAAAACUCUAUUAGAAAAGCAAAAUAUUUUUGAAAGAAAAAAAAAGUCCAAAUGCCUAAGAAUGAAGAUCUUUCACAGGGGCUAUCUUCUGUUAUACAAUGUUGUACAGAUUUAUGAAAGCUUUAUUUUAUUAAUUUUGGGGUACUGAUAGUGGCCAGAUUGCAUGCCUUUUACUCCAUUAUGUAAUUUAUUUUUUUUUAAAUUGCACUGUUAAGUGUUUUCCUUCAAGAGUGUAUGGAACCCUUUUCGUACAUUAUCUUAUUUCUGCUAUAAUUAAAUGCAGUGACUUUGUCACAUUAUAACUUAAGCACUAUGUAUAGACCAGUGAAUGAGUCACUUUGUGCAAUGCUUUUGUUGUAUAUUGGGUAAAAAAAGACAAGUCUUUAGGAAGAUUUCUGUGCCAUGUUCUUGGGAAGAUUAUGUUUUUUUUAACAAAAGUGGCAUCUUUAAAAUGAGCAGUAUUUUCUUGUGAAUUUAAUAUAUGCUGUCACAAGAUUAUUGUGCUUGACUAUGUACCCAAGUUUACUUUUAACAAAAAUGUGAUGGGAUUUACACUGACGGAUUUUUUUUCCCUAUUAAACUAAUCCAAGAAAGUGAUUUUUUUUUAAUUUCUCUGCCCUCUAGAGUUCAUUUAAUAAAAGUUAUUUUGAAAAGAA